AUGGGGGGAGGAUGGUAUUAUGAUUUCAAGCAUACACACAUUGAUCAAUUUUCACCUCCAUACUUCUAUUCAAGGGAAUGGUCAAAAGGAAAUUUGCUAACUAACAUAAGGAAGGAAAAGCAAACACAUGCCAACUAUAAUGAAGCUGCUACUGUCUGCAUGAUGUUAUUUAAUUUAGAUCCAUCUUUACGGACAAAGGAAGACAUCAUAGAAUUCAUUCAAAAGAACAAGGAUACAAUUGGUGCUGCUCAGCAAGAAGUAGAGCAGCCAAAAGCUCAUGCUCAUCAAGAAGUAGAACAACCUAAGGAUGAUCUUUGA